AAAUUCUACAGAAAAUUCUUCUGAUAACAAGUUUGGGUAGAUAUAACUUGUGUCAACAAAGGUUUUAUACCAACAUGCUUUUACUUCGCUAUUUUUAUUUAUUGUUUGCAUGUUUUCAUGUAUCAACAAGUCAUCUGUUGAGACAAAAAAGAGCUAGAUCAGCAGUAUUUCAUAAGGUGUUUCAAUACAAGGAUACGAAAUUAAAUAUCGCGCCACUGGAAACGAUACCUGAUGUCCUGCUGGAGGAAGAUUGUUGUAACCAUUGUUUAGCAAAGAACGGAUGUGUGUCUGUGAAUUAUGAACGUAGUGGAUUAAAACGUUGUGAAUUACUUGCAGAGGAUCGAGAUACAAAAAACGAAACAGAUUUUGUCAAUGAGAGAUACUUUUCCUACUACGAUACCAUUGUUCGGGAUUUAUGCAACGAAAAAGAUUCUUGCUAUCCAUGUUCUUGCUGGUCGGCUGAAUUUUAUCGUUCGCCUUGUAUUUGCAGAAAAUUGCAUGGUAAAAUGAGACAACAUUCUCCAUCUUGGAUAAGUUACAUCACAAUCAACAUUUUCCACCACCGUGUUUAUGGUAUUGACCAACAAAAUGGAGUUGUAGUCACCCCAGGAGCAUCACCGACCAACGAUUCCUAUGCAAUUCUUGCAACACCUUGGGUACGUGAAAUUAAAUAUCGCAGAAAUGGAAUUAUGUGUGCACUAGAUGGCGACAAUAUUGUUCAUGUUUGGAAAGGUUCAUGGAUAAGUAAAGACGUACAUGGUCUAUCUUUCGAUUGUGCUGCAAAACACAUCCUCGCCAUCGAUUUAUCAACGUUUGAACUUCGUUUGAAAGAAGACAAUAUUGCUUUGACUAAAGUUGCUGCAGGUGCGAUAUCGAGAGUUCAGGAAUAUGGGAAUCACUGGUAUGCCAUUGGCAAAGAUUGCAAAUGCAUUAUGAGGCACGAGACAACUCCUUCUCCAACUGUAAAUAAAUGGGAAAUACUAACAACAAAUCCAGGAUCUUCUGUUGAGUUCAAAAUUGCAUUUAACGGUAUUAUCUACUCACUACACGAAGAUCAGAAUAUAUACGAAUGGUAUGGAAAUGAGAACAGAUGGAUUAUGAUAUAUCAAGGUCCUUGCAUUCAUUUUGAUGUUUAUCAUCUUAUAUUUUGUGUAACGUCAGAUCACAAAGUUAAAUCAAAUUAUGGAGAAUAUGUGCCUCGUCCAAACAUUCAUAUUCCUUUUAAAACUGUAAACCACGUUAAUAAAACGACACCAUAUGGCAGAGGAAUGGAUAUGGACGGAAAUACAACAGUUGUAUUAGAUUUGGAAGCUAACAACAUUGCAUUGGACCAGUUUGGGAAAGGUUACGUCUUACAAAAAGGUGAUGGAGAGAUUGUUGAAUUUGGAAAUUUUGAGGAAACAGUUUUGCGUGGGCCGUUUUCUAACCACCAUGUAAAUCAUCCCGGAUACUUCACGAUAUCUCUGUGGUUCAGAGCUACCUGGCAAGCUAUGAAUCAGAGAACAGCGAUUAUUUCUACUUUAUCUGAAAACGGUAUUGCAAUACAACUUCAAGGAGUUGAUGAUUUCAAUGCUAUACUACGGAUAGUCGUGUCCGGACAAAGAGAUCAUUCAAAUGUUGUAGUUUCAAAGCAAAAGGAGUUUUUUUACUCUUGGACGCAUGUGGUGGUUAAAUGGAACUUUUUAACAACAUGCUUGCGGUUGUAUCUACAGGGGAUUCUUGAAAAAACUUAUUGUGGCAGAGUGUCGACAAUUAGAACAUCAACCCCAUCAGCUCUUCGUUCAAUAGCACCAGCUGUUUACAUAAGCGACAUUGCUAUUUGGUAUGCGUUAUUGCUUGAUGAACAGAUUCUUCAGCUGUAUCAAUCAGAUAUUGUUGCUCCUGGAUGGCGAAAAAAAUUCAAUUUUACUUCAGUGACAGAAUCUUCGUGUGAACAAUUAAGGAGACAACGACCCUACAUAACUUCUGGUUACUACUGGAUAAAAUUAAAUGGAAAAAUGAUAAGUGUGUAUUGUGACAUGGUGACAGAUGGAGGAGGAUGGACACAGAUAACUCAUCUAGAUACAUCACUACAGGCUCAUGAAAUUUCAGAUGCUACUAAAAUCGGUGACGUAUUCUUUAAGAAUUUUGUUCUUACUCACGAUGGUCUGUCAAUGUUAAGGCAACUGGUUGAUUUCAAGCAACUAAGGAUACGAUGCAGUAAACCCGCACAUCACGACAGAAUUGUUGACAUAGCAACAACAACGUCAUCUGUUUUGGAUUAUUUCACUGGAGUCACUGAUGAAAAACCUUACGCCUGCGGUGGAUUUUAUCCGUUAGAAGAAGACAACUCGGUUUUGGCUCAAAGAUGCGCCCAGUGGAACGACGGAAAAUUUGGUCAUCAUGACCGCUUCGGUGUCAAUGAGCGCUUUAAAUAUUAUAUACUUGAUAUAUAUCGUGUAGCUACUAUACACUGGCUAGAUAGUCUAUGUGACGAUGUAACGUACGAAGGUCCGGCCAUUUAUCAGUACUAUGUGCGGUGAGAAAACAGUGAGGCGAAGGUGAAGAAGAAGAAUAAUGAUACUACAAGUAGCUUUGUAAACGUGUACACGUUAUUUCUAAAAGUGGUGAACACAUUUUAGUCAAGAAAAGUCGAGAAAUGAAACAUUUGCUGUUUUUAGUGGAUAGAAAUGAUGUGAUCCUCGGAAUUUACGCAUAAAUAACAGUUUUUUUACUUCAUUAAGUUUACGUAACGUACUGACUACUUAAUCUAUGUGAUAGUAUUAAGUAUGAAGGUUCACCUAUCUGUAAGUAUUAUGUGUGUAAAGAAUCUGACAUUAAAAAUAAUAGCCGCACUUUUGCGCUCCCGUGUGUCUGUAUCGGUGAAAGUGGAUUUUUUUUUUUAAGAAUUUAGUCACAGUAAUAUGUAAAAUAUACUAAACGAUUAUUUAUUGCCUUUUGCAAAAGUUUUAUGUAUUUUAACUUUUUAAAAAAUAUUAAGGGCAAUUAACUUUUAUUGCUCCCUCAAUGCAUUUCACUUUUGAAAAUGAGUGCACCAGCAAAGUUGUCUAUUUCGUGUGGAACGUUUAAAUUAUUCCCGCCAUUUGUUAACGAAAUCUCUUAUAAUAAUACGCUAAGUAUGUGUAUGAGUGUGUCUGACUGCAACAGGCAAAAUCGAUUUUGUUUUCAACAAUUUUUCGAUAAAGGCGCCUAAAAAAUAUCCCGUAAAAACUAUAUUCUGUAUUUUUAAAUUUUUUGUUUACAAUUUCCAGUUAGUCAGAACAAACUAUGUGAUAAAAUAAAGCAAUUUUUUUAGCUGGGGAAUUUUAUAGUAUGCCAAUUUAAAUUUAGCGUGACGGGUUUUAAAACCACAGGAAUGCUUUGUUAUAAAUUAAUAGACGGGCAAUGUCACGGGCUGUUAAACCUUGUUAUUGUUGUUGUCUAUUUCAUGAAAAUGUUCUAUUUUCCGUCUUUUUAAUCAAAUUAACAACAAAACGUAAUAAUUUUAUGAUAUGACAUAUGAUAUUUUAUGAUAAUUUUAUGAAAGACUGCAAUUCUUUUGACUUUGAUUUCCCGGGGUUUUUUUUGUCUUAUUUUACGGAUUUUUUUUAACAAACUUAGGAUAAUUUACUGGCAAUGAUUCAAUCCGUUAUAUUAUUGACUUAACAUUUGGAUAGGUAUGUUGGAUAAAUGGCAGGUCCCAUUAUUUGAUUUAUUUUGUUUCAUAGCCCUUUGUUAAAGGUGUAGACUCAAAUGUGCUUUAAAUUUUUUGUAUAAUCCCACUUUGAAGUGAAUAUCUCUGAAAUAGUAUGUUGUAUAACUCAUUUGCAGAAUCUCAUUACUAAUUAAACAGGCACAUGUAUAUUGAUAUGCUUUCGGUAAUUUUAUUUGCUGCCAACAGCUAAUAUACCACGUGAUACUGUUCUUUAGAAACAGUUUAUCACAUUUAGACAAAUUUGUUACCGCUUUCUGUACAUUUUUUCUUUAAUAAUUUUUGAAAUAGAUUGUAAACAUCAAUUUGUAUAUAACUUUAUGACUUAAACUUUGUUGGUCAAAAGUUUUAUCACCCCUAAUAAUUUAUGGAUCCCAAUUUUCGUCAUCUUACUUAAAGCUUGGUCAUUUUAGGCAGAUAAGAGCGUUGAUAAUUUGACAUCCGCUGCGGCUGUCAUUAGUCACCUAACUAAAAGGUUUUCCAUAAAUAAUGACCAAAAAUUUAAAAGUGGUCCUUAUUUUGGUCUCCCAUUUGAAGUUUCGUCACUUUGACCGACAAAGUUUGCAUCUAGAACACUUUAUAUUGUUAACCACACUUAUUUAUGUACAUAGCAACGAUACGCAAAUAAAAAUUGACUUUUUAUUGCUUCAUCUUUAGUAUACUCACAGCCAUCAAUCUUCAUGUUAUUUAAUUUUUGCACAGAUAUAAUAAGCGAUAAAAAU